CUUGUUUUCUUGCAAUAUUUUUCAAAAAAAUGGGGGACAGUAAUUUUCUCUCCGCAUACAAGUUAAUUAAUUCACAAUUAGUCCAAAACAACCAGAAGCACAAGGAAGAGAUUAGAGACAAAAUUGAGAUGAUAAAUCAGUUGAACGAUCAGCUCUUCAAAUACCGAGAAGAAAACAAGACGCUUCGAGAUAUGGUACAGAAACUGCUGGAGCAGUUUAAAACCAUAACCACGAUUAUGGUUUCGGUAAGGGAUCAGAGUGAAUCUGUUUUCAAUAUUGUUUAUAACGAGCAUGCGAUGAAGGAGACAGAAGAACAGAUGCGUCGACCAAUAGCCGGUUUAAUUUACGAACGACGUCGAAUUGAGUGUCCGCCAGAAGUUGAUGAAGCAGCUAUUAUUGAGGGCGAGGACGAAAAUCGGUCAAUGGAGGACUACCGAACAGCGGUAAUGGAAGAGACGAUUGAAAAUAACCAGGAACAGAUCGGUUCAUUGCCCAAAAGUCCAAUGUUGAAACGAUUGGAGCGAAAAUCCCGAAAUCGUAGCGUUGACGAGUCGUUCGAAACAAUUGAUACGAAUCAUGUGGUGGAAGCUGCACGCAAAAGUCGAGAAUAUCGGCACAGUAGAGAUUCGCGAGAAGGCAAAUAUAGCAGCGGAGAAGAAAGUCUUCGGGAAACAACCACCUCAGAAGCUAUGGAUAUCACGCAAACAAGUGUACAGGCUAAGGUUUCAAUAGAAGAAAUUGCGAGCGACGAAACACCUAAAGUUCAAGUGAUCGAUGGAAGUUCAACGGUUCGCAACAUUUUUGAAACGAGCAGUUUUUCUGAGAAAUCAAGUUAUAGCAGUAUUCAAAGCGACGUUAAUCCGCCUACCGACCAGAGCCUUCGGCCUACAACUUUGAAACGUAUAGCCAGUGAAUCCAUGUUAAACACAUUAACCGAGCAGGAAAUAAAUAAGGAAAAUGAUGAUGGCACCAAUGAUACCAUCUCAAAUGCAACCUGCUCGACACCACUAGCUAAAAGUCGGCGUGUAAAGCGUGCAAAAGCCGCUUUACUGUCUCCAACAUCUCCAGUGCCUAUGGUGUCUUUAAAACCACUGACGAAAGCAAACCUUAACCAACACAAUAUAUCAUACGAGGCACUCGUAAUCAGAACAAAUAAAACUAUUAAACAGGACGACUUGGAACGCAGCGAGCAGGCCAGUACAGAAUCGAACGACUCGAAGAGGCCCCGACGGAGAGCGGCACCGAAGGUGCUGAAGGAACCAAGAAUAAACACUAAGCUAAGGCGGACAUAAAGAUAGGAAGAUAUUUAAGUUUAAAUAAGACUUCAAUUUUAACGCUCACAUGUCAGGGCAGAACUCACGUACGAUCUUUUGUGAAUUAUAUUAGCAAAACUUAGUUAUACAUGCUGAUAGCGUCACUCCAUUUUCUUUCUAAUCGAAACAUAAGUUUACGAUAUAAGAACGUUUCAAUGAAUUGUACUA